AAUACACAGUGUGUGCAUGCUUAUGUGUUUAGGUGUGUUUUUUUUUAUUUUUCAAUUUUUUUUUUUUUAACGUUUUAAAUUCAUGUGUCGAUAUGAAGAGCAGACUUCAUUUGGAUCCAUGGCGAAUAGUCAAACUUGCAAAUGUAUCUAAUCCAAAAACAGCAAAAUAUCGUUGUAAAAGUAAAUACAUAAUAAUGGAGCAUGCUGAUUUAGUAUCUGAAAUGGUUCAUGUUGAACGAUUGACAACACAAGAAAGAUUACAUCUUGCACGACACAGAAGAUUACAACAAUUAAAAGUAUGGCGACAAAGAGAAAAAGAAUGGUUACGUCAUCAAACAAAACAUACAAGUAAUAAAAGACAUAUUUAUUUUGAUGAUAGUGUUAUGUUAUUGGAAGCUGCUGCUAGAAAUGAUAUUGAUGAAGUAAGAAGAUUAUUAAAAAAAGGAGUUAAUCCAGAUUCAACAAAUGAAGAUGGUUUAACAGCAUUGCAUCAAUGUUGUAUUGAUGAUAAUGAAGAAAUGAUGAAAUUACUUGUUGAAUUUUGUGCAAAUGUCAAUGCUGAGGACAGUGAAAAAUGGACACCGUUACAUGCUGCUGCAACAUGUGGUCAUUUACAUCUUGUUAGAUAUUUAAUUGCAGCUGGUGCAAAUUUAUUAGCAGUUAAUGCUGAUGGUAAUAUGCCAUAUGACAUUUGUGAGGAUGAAAAAACAUUGGAUUGUAUUGAAGGUGAAAUGGCUAGUCGAGGUGUAACACAAGAAUUAAUUGAUGAAACACGUGGAUCAACAGAAAUGCAAAUGUUACAUGAUUUACAAAAAAAAUCAUCAUUGGGUGAAGAUUUAGAGUAUAAAGAUCAUCAAGGUGCAACACCACUACAUAUAUCAGCAGCAAAUGGCUAUCAUCGUGUUGUUGAAUUUUUACUUGAUCAACAUGUAUCAACAGACGUUGAAGACAAUGAUAAAUGGCAGCCAGUUCAUGCAGCUGCAUGUUGGGGUCAUCUGGAAGUUCUUGAGUUGCUUGUACAAAAUGGUGCAGAUUUAAAUGCAAAAAAUAAACAUGAAGAGACACCAGCUGAUAUUUGUGAAGAUCCAGAAAUAAGAGAAAGAAUUGUUGAAUUAAAAACUGAACAAGAAAGUAAAAAAUUACGUGAAGCACAAGGACGUAGAAUAAGAAGAUCACAAAGUAUUAAUACAAGAACACAAAGUGUUAGAAGAACUUCAAUUAGAGAUAAAGUACUUACAACUAAAAAAGAUGCACAAGAAGAAGCAAGACUUAGAAUACAAGCACAACAGACUUAUUCAACAACAUCACAAUCAACACAACCAUCAUCAUCACCACCACCAUCAACAACAACACCAGGUGAAUUAUCAUCACCUCUUAGUAAUACAAAUGAAUCGAAAAAAAUUGAUGAUACUGAUUCAACAGCAUUGGCAAUACGUCGUGGACCAGAAGGAAAAGAUAAUGACUCAUUUCUUCAUGAAGAUGUUGACAAAGACUCAGUGACAGGGCCUGACAUAAAUGUCAUUGGUAGCCAGCAACAUCAACAACAACAACAAUCACCUAUAUACACAGCAGAAAGUGAUGCAAAUGGUAAAAUAAACAUUCAUGUAUCUGUUGUUAUUGUUAAAUCAUUAGCUGAUUUAAAAAAAAAACGUUCACAAAGUCGUCAUAUAACACCUGGACAAGUUGAUGCAAAUGGUAAUGGUUUACCAAUAAAUGCCAUUGAAGAUAAUGAUUUAUCAGCUAAUGAUUUUCAUAGAUUUUCGGGUAAUACAAGUGAAAUUAUUGGUGACAGUCAGUCAAAUCAACGCUGUUGUAUUCUCAUGUAACAACACAAUAACAAAAAAAAAGUACUAUUAUAUAUUUAUUAUCAAUACCGCUGUGCCGAAUUAUUAUCAUUCUCGCCAAUAAUAAUAUUGGCUCAUUACGAAUUAAUAAUAAUUAAUUAAUUAUCAGUCGGUUAUAUAUUUAGGAAAAUAUUAUUUUCAACGAGAUUAUUGUAUUUUUAGUUGUUUAAAUAUUGUUGAAAGUAUUAUUAAUUAUUAUUAUAAUUACGAAACGAAUUUGUGAAUUUAAUUUCACAAUUAUAUAAGUAAUAUAUACUGGUAUAUAUUUUAUUUUAAUUUUAAUAAUUAAAUUAAAUAUGUACAUACAAUUUAAUUAUUAUUAUUAAUUUUUUAUUUUAUUAUUUAUUUAUAUAAUCAUUGAUUAUUAAUCGACAUUGUAUCUACGUGUGUUUUUAUUUAUUUAUUUGUUUUUUUUUUUCUUGUUAAUUGUAAAUUAAUAAUGAUGAAAUUUUUUGUUUAUUAUUUCAAUUUUAUAUUAUGUAAAUUAUUAUGAUUUUUUUUUUAUGUUUAAUAUUACAGUAAGAUAUUCAAGACCACAAAGAUUUUAUAAAAAAUCUAAAAUUUUUGUUUAAUUAUUUUAAAUUGUUAAAGCAUAAAUAACAAACGUUUUCUUUGUUUUUAGUUAUUAAAAAAAAAAAAAAAAAAACACUCGUAGAUGUAGUGUUUGAUUUAGAAAAAAAUUUGCUCAUCAUUAUUUAUUAAAUAGUUAUUGAAUAUAUAUUUUAAAAAUCGUACGUAGAGAUUAAAAAUGUCGGGGAAAAAAAAAAUGAUAGGUGAAUGUGUUGGCAUGUCGAGGCCAAAAAAAAACAUAUAUAUAUAAAAAAAAAAGUGUUGUGAUUAAUAGAUGCGCAAAAGAAAAAAAAAAAUAUUUUUUUAUAGUUUUUAUUGAACUUAGUAUUAGAUAAUAUAUUUGUCAAUUUUUUUGCGAUAAAAAAUAAUGAUUAUUAGGGUUUUUUUUUUCUUUGCUUUCAUAAUUUAAUAGUUUUUUUUUUUCAAUAGACAAAAAUUUAGAUUUUAUUAUUAUUUAAUCAUCUAUACUGUCAAUUAUUUUUGAAUAUGUCAAAACUUUCGAGGUCAAAUUUUUAUGACGAGUUCAAUGACCACUUUCAUGGCCUGAUGAGCAACAAGAUUAUUUUAAUUUUAUUAUCCAGAAAAAAAUUACAUAUUAUCACAUAAUUUUUUUCAAUUAUUGACUAACAAACUGUUUGUUAUAAAAAUUACAAAUACGUGAUAAUUUUUUUUCUAUAUAGUGUUCAAAUUUUUCAAUAUAAUCAUUGUGAUUGAAAUUGAGUGAUUAAAUUUUAUCAGAGUGACACGCAAUUACAAUUGUGCCUACUCCAAUUAUCUAAUAGAAAAAAAGCAUAAUAAUAAUAAUAGUUUAGAGAAAUGAAAAAUAAAUAAUAAAAACAAAACAUAAUUAAUUAUUCUUCCAAACAAUUGCAUUUAUAUCAAAGCCAAACUUUUAAUUUAUAAAAUAAUUAUCGUAAAAUUUAGUAGGUCUAUCACAGUAAUAAAUAAUAAACAAAAUAGAUUAACUAAUAGAUUGAGUGGAUCAAAAAUGAAUUAAGUCAUAAAAAAAAAAAUAGAAAAAUAGUAUUUUGUGAAAUAAAUGUCCACCAAAAAUGUUCUUCUACAAACAUUUCUUACAAUAACAAAACAAAAAUAAUAUAAAAAAUCUGUACUUAAAAAAAAAAAGGCUGAUGAACAAAAUUUCUUAAUUAUCAAUAAUUAGAAUAAACAAAUUGUACAUUUUUUAAAUUUAUUUUCUUGUGGCAAUGAUUGAUGGUACUUAAAUAAAUUGUAAAUAAGAUAAAUUAUCAUUAUUUAAAUUUUUUUUAAACCUCUAAAGAUUCAUAUUAAUAACACGGAAAUAAAUGAUAAAUUUUAACAAGAUUUACAACUAAAUGAUAACAUUAAGGAAAAAAAAAUAUCUUUUCCUUGUAUUAAAAAAUAAAGCUUGAUUUUCAAGAUGUUAUUGAUAAUACUGGAUAUUAUUAUUUUCUUUUUAUCUCUUUAUAAAAAAAAUUUCAUUGCCACAAAGAAAAAAUCAAAUAAAAAAAAAAAAACUGGUUGUUCUACUUCCAGGACAAGUUCAAACAAUUUUAUUCAUAAAUUCAUAUUUUAAUUGAUCAAUAAUUCAUACACAAUUUCGAUCAUCAAUGACAUAAUUAUUUUUUUUUUCAUAUGUCAUUUGAAAGAUUAUUUAAUGCACUCUCUAUUAUUAAAUGAAAAAAAUGAAUAAAAUCAAAAAGAAAUAAUUAAUUUUGCUUAUAAAACAAAAAAAAAACAUUCCGAUAAUUUUAGUAAACAAUAAAACAGUUUUAUUGACUGUUAAUAAUAAUAAAUACAUAAUAAACUUUCAAAUUAAAUUAAGAAAACAUGUAAAAAAAAACAAAAAAGUACUUGAAAAAAUAGAAGAAAAAAUAAAUAAAAUUAAUAAUCAUAUGAA